CAAGAGGAAAAACCGCUUGUUCUAAAGCAGGAGACUGCAACUUUUCCUGCUCGUGAAGCAAGUAACCACAGUGAACCAGAACCAAGCAGUGACCAGCUCCUUUCUCACAACUCUCCUGUCACAGAUCAGGAUGAAAUCAAGGAUGGUAACUCACACAGAAAUGAGUCGGAGCAAGUCGUAUCAGGCCUGACAGUUCAAAAUUGCAAGACCGCACAUUUAUGUAGCACCUGUGGGAAAAGAUUUACUCGGAGGGGUCAGUUGAAGAGUCACAUGCGAAUUCACACAGGUGAGAAGCCACAUUUAUGUAGCACCUGUGGCAAAAGAUUUACUCAGAGGGGUCAGUUGAAGAGUCACAUGCGAAUUCACACAGGUGAGAAGCCACAUUCUUGUAGCGCCUGUGGGAAAAGAUUUACUCAGAAGAGUCAGUUGAAGAGUCACAUGCGAAUUCACACAGGUGAGAAGCCACAUUCUUGUAGCGCCUGUGGGAAAAGGUUUAGUUUGAAACAAAUUUUGAAUAGGCACAUGCGAAUUCACACAGGUGAGAAGCCACAUUCUUGUAGCACCUGUGGGAAAAGAUUCACUCAGAAGAGUCAGUUGAAGAGUCAUAUGCGAAUUCACACAGGUGAGAAGCCACAUUCUUGUAGCACCUGUGGGAAAAGAUUCACUCAGAAGGGUCAGUUGCAGAGUCACAUGCGAAUUCACACCGGUGAGAAGCCACAUUCUUGUAGCACCUGUGGGAAAAGAUUCACUCAGAAGGGUCAGUUGAAGAGUCACAUGCGAAUUCACACAGGUGAGAAGCCACAUUCUUGUAGCACCUGUGGGAAAAGAUUCACUCAGAAGGGUCAGUUGAAGAGUCACAUGCGAAUUCACACAGGUGAGAGGCCACAUUCUUGUAGCACCUGUGGGAAAAGAUUUAGUCUGAAACAAAUUUUGAAUAUGCACAUGCGAAUUCACACAGGUGAGAAGCCACAUUGUUGUUGCACCUGUGGGAAAAGAUUCACUCAGAAGGGUCAGUUGAAGAGUCACAUGCGAAUUCACACAGGUGAGAGGCCACAUUCUUGUAGCACCUGUGGGAAAAGAUUUAGUCUGAAACAAAUUUUGAAUAUGCACAUGCGAAUUCACACAGAAACAUCAGCUAUCAAGCUACAACAGAAAUAUAUCCUGGACAUUGUCAAGGAGAUAAGGUCGCUUCACAAUCAGAAUGCAGAGAAGGAGAAAUGGAUUGUCUAUCUGGAGAGCAGGGUCACGGACCUGGAGCAAUACACGAGAAUAAAUGAUGUGAUCAUCAUGGGGCUAAAGAUAAAACCUCGGUCAUAUGCUCGGGCCGUGACUGCUGACAGCAAAGAAGAGCAUGGAGAACUGGAUGUUAGCUCUGCAGAGCAACAGGUGGCUGGUUUCUUGCAGUCAAAAGGGAUCGACCUGGACUCUAAUAACAUCAAGGCAUGCCACCUUCUGCCCAGGAAAAGCACGGCACCUAAAGAAAAUUCAAAAUACCUGGACUGCAAACUGUAA